GCUUCAAUUGGGCAUUGGAUUAGUCUACAGUGCCACACAGAAGAAGAUGGAGAAAAAACCUUUAACUUGCUUUGACCUUUUUCCAGAAGAAAAAGAUGAUUUCUUUGAGGACCACAACUCACGAAACGACGACGUUUACAAGCCUAAUAAUAAUAGUGGUAGUAGGAAAAAGUUGAAGCUCACCAAAGACCAAUUUUCUAUCUUGGAAAAUCAUUUCAACUUGAGUAAUUCUAAUCUUGAUCGGACCACAAAAUAUGCACUUGCAAAUGAAUUGAAUCUAACUCCACAACAGGUUUCAGUUUGGUUUCAGAAUAAAAGAGCCAGGUAAAUUCAAAAAUAAAUAGCGACAUAAGUACUUAAAAUUUCAAGUUUAUAAGUGACAUAAAUUUAAUGUUUAUUUUUAAUGAUAUAAGUAUCUAAUAUUUGUAAAAUAGUAAUAUUCCUUUAAUUUCGUCAAUAGAAAUU